CUGUCCACUGUGGGUGUGUUGAAUUUGGGCAGUACUGUAAACGAAUUCGCGACGGCUCUAAAGCGUUUCACUCCAUUUUAAGCGAACAAGGAAUGAGUUAGAAAAGCUGAGCAUGCAAUUUGGGUAUCUUAGCUAGUCUUUCGCUGUUGUAUAAAGGAGCUCUGCGGGACGACAAAUUGCAAAAAAAGCAAUUUGUUGCUCUCGAUUGUCGUCAGAUUUGACCUGGUUUCAGGAAUCUCCCGGAUAGAAGAGGUUUGUCGUGUUCGAUUCGGAAGCGGGGACUGAUCUGCGGCAUACCUUACAAAUGACCGUUUUCUGUUUAACUACUGACGUCCUGUACAGGAUUUGCGGUCCGUCAAUGAGGAACUACAGGCUCAUCUUUUGCCAUAACCUGAAGCAGCCAUAGAUGGUCUUUCAGUUUACUGCUAGUGAGUAGAGCAGCGGAUACAGCAAACAUCUGGAUUUUUAAAUCAAAAACACGAGCGACUGAAGUGGUGCGGCUGUGGAAGCGAUGAGGAAGAGCCUCUCUCGUACCCUGAGCGAGUCCCUCAGCACAGCCAGGGUGUUCGGUAUCCCUCUGGAGGAGGUGCAGCAGAGCGGCCAGCCAGGCCACGAGGUCCCCCUGUUGGUCAGGACCAUCGUAGAGUACAUUGAGGAGCAUGGGGGUCUGGGCCUUGAAGGUCUGUUCCUGGUGAACGGAAACGCCGAGCAAGUUGAAUGGCUGCGGCAGCGCUAUGACAGUGGUGAGGAGGUGAAUUUGGAGAAGGAGGCAGAUCUGGCCUCAGCCGUCAGCCUGCUGCGCCUCUUCCUGCAGGAGCUCCCUGAGCCCAUCAUCCCUGCAGACCUACAAACACACAUACUGCAACUUUAUCAAGAAUAUAGCGGCGAGGAUGAGUUGGCGAGAAACAUGAAAUACGUCUUGCAGCAGCUUCCCCAGGUGAACUACAGCUUGCUGCGUUUUCUGUGCCGCUUCCUCUCUAACGUGGCUUCUCUUCAGGAGGAGAGCUGGAGCAUCAGCGCCCUCGCUGCUGUCUUUGGUCCUGACAUCUUUCACUUAGAUACAGAUGUGGAGGAGCUGAGGGAGCAGGAGUCAGUGAGCCGCAUUCUGGCUGAGCUGCUUGAGAACUGGGAGGACUUCUUUGACACCGAGGAUGAUCUUUCCACUUCUAACGACUAUAGCUCCAUUAACGAACAGAUCAGUGAGCUCCUGGAAGAUGAGAAGAUAGAAGCGUGUGAGGAGCUCCUGCAAGAUGCCGAGGACGGUCCUUCUUCACUCUCCCCAAAACACCCCAGUGUCACCCCUUCUUCUAGCUCGCAUAUCACUUCCAUCAGCAUUCUUCCAAGAUCUGCAGAUAUCCUCCAGAGAACCAUCCGAGCUGCCGUGGAGCAGCACUUAUUGGAUCUGCAGAGCUCCAUAGAUCAAGAUCUCAGCAACUAUGAGAGCCAAGGCUCAUCCUGCCAAGCUGGCCUGGAGGACUGUACGAGUGAGACGACUGUAGGUGCAGAAGAGCAUGGAGCAGAAGAGAAGACUAAUGCUGGAUUGCUCACUCCUGCAGACCCUGACCAGUGUGCAGAAGAUGAAGAGGCAUUUCAAGGUUCCCAGCCUAGUGGCCUUGUGCCAGAGGAAAAUCUGAGAAUGGACCUUGAAACAGAGGCUCUCGUAGAUGCUGAGAACAAUAUUAACACAACUCCAAGGCUACAAUUGUACCCUGAGUGUGAGCACAUGGAGCAGAUUGAUGUCGCCACCUGUGAUUCUGCCGCAGAUGUGUGUGAUCUGAAUGCCAAUACAGAAAGCAGAGAGCAGCCCAACCUGGUGGCCCAUCAACUUCAGUCCCACUCUGUCAUCCAUGACGGAGAGCGGGAAGGUGUAUACGGUGGUGACCCUGUGUCCUUGAUGAAUGAAGUAGAAGAAGCUUCAUGCCCCUACACUUUCCCCCGCAUAGACUUCAAGUGUAUGCACCUGCAGAGAGAAGGUCAUGAUCCCGUUCCAGUGUUUAUGUCAUGGCAGGAGGAAAUUGAGUCUGGAGAGGCGCAGUUGUCUCCACUGGCAGGCCGCAUGUUGCCGCUACCUCUAGGGGAAGAUGCGCAGCCAUUACUGGCACGUCACUUCCUGGAUUUCGGUCACAGUCAGCGUUUCCUGCAGCAGGAUUCUGAUGCCACAUCUUCAAAUAAAGCACUGUCCUGUGGAAGGCCUCGCCGGGCCUCCUUCAGCUCCAAGGAGAGUGCAAAGGGAGACAGUGUCUGUCAGCAGCUCACCAAGAAACUCCAGAACCUCAAGAAAAAGAUCAAGCAGUUUGAAGAGCAGUUUGAAAAAGACAAGAACUACACGCCAUCUCAUGCUGACAAGGCAGCUAAUCCCAAAGUCCUGAAGUGGAUGUCUGACCUCACCAAAAUCCGUAAACAGCUUAAAGCAGGACGACAGCACCUCUUACCCAAAGCUUCCCUGAGGCACCAGGCAGUGCUUCACUUGCACAGACGCCACUCCUCCGCUCUGAACACACCCUAUUUUACACAGUCACGCCCCCUCACUGUCUCUAGACAGACACCCCACUUCUAUGCCAAACACAAGGCAGAGAGCGAACUGACACCACAGACACGCCCACGCAGCAACACACUGCCUAAGAGCUUCGGCUCCACGUUGGAACACUCGACUCCUGAGGGCCUUGCUGAGAGAGAGGGUGAGGGACGGGGGUGCCGGCCCACCCGCGAAGAGACACUCCAGCUCAUUGAGCAACAUCUAAGAACCAAGAGAGAGGAGGACGACUGGCCCGAGGACAUCAGAAAAAUGACCAAGGAGCAGCUCAGUUGUGAGAAGACGGUGCUGCAAAAGAACUUACUGUAUUACGAGGGACUGCAUGGUCGUCCUGUCACACGUGAAGAACGCUUGAUUGUCAAGCCGUUGUAUGAUCGAUACCGGCUGGUGAAACAGAUGCUCACCCGUGUCAGCAUCACACCCAUUAUUGCCUCGCCCUCCAGCAAGAGACGCAAUCAGACCCUACAGCCCAUCAUUGAGGGUGAGACAGCCCACUUCUGUGAUGAGAUCAAAGAGGAAGAGGAGGAAGAGGAUGAGCAGGAGGAAAGUGGAGGAAUGCAGAAUGAAGGGUCAGAGGUCAUCAUCGCUUUGGACCCAGCAGCCCAACCCAGCUCCCAGCAGCCUCUGCCUGACAGCAUCCUAAGGUCUAAGAUGGGCGAAAGCUCGGGAAAGUUGACCCUUGACCUGCGUCUGUCCAGCUCUAACGCCUCCUCCAUGCCUGAGCUCCUGGAGCAGCUGUGGAAAGCCAGAGCAGAGAAGAAGAAGCUGAGGAGGACCAUCCGCGAGUUUGAGGAUGCAUUCUACAAGCAGAACGGAAGGAACGUACAGAAGGAGGACCGUGUGCCCAUGUUGGACGAGUACAAGGAGUAUAAACGCAUCAAAGCCAAACUGCGCCUGCUCGAGGUCCUCAUCAGCAAGCAGGACUCCUCCAAGUCCAUCUAGAGUCCAGCAUACAGCGUCAGCAACACCCCCCCCCACCAUCACCAUAACAUCCACAUCUGCAUCCCAUCACCUAGCAGCUGACUGCUUUCACUAUCAGAGAUUCAACAGGAGGACAUUCUCUGUCGCAAGUUUUUUUUUUUUUUUUUUAACGUAUUCCAUUUUUGCCUGCUUGAGUUUGUUUGAUCGUAGUGAGAAAUCCUCAGCAUGAAGAGGGACACACUCGGCGUUUGAGCCGAUUCACCCGAAGUGUGUGUGGACAACAAGAACAGAACUUCCAACCACAUCCACAGUCAGCAACGUUCACAGACUUCUACCAUUUCUUAAAGCUACAUCCCCAAACCCUGGGGACAUGAUACACUAUUCAUGCGUGUUCUGGACAGAAUUCUGCGUCUGUGUAAAAAUCAUACUUACUGAUAUUAUACUCUGAAUGUUGGUGUUUUUAUGUUGUUGUUUUUUUUUUUUUUCCUCUAACAAAAAAAAAAAAACAGAACAUGUUGGUGCUCUUUUUCUUUUGUUUCUAAACAAAAAAAUAUCCACGUGACUUCUCAGCGACCGGAGGGUUAAUCAGACUGAGCAGAGAAUUUAACGCCGAAUUUAAGCUCGACUGUCGUGUAGUAUUCCUUCUCGUUUGGCUCUGUGUUUGAGUAGUAUGUAACUAGAUGUAUAUUUAUUUAAAGCAUUUCUUCACUGUUCUUGAUUCACUUUUCUCCUGGAUUCAUGCACAAAUAAUGGAUCACAGACACAACGAGGAAAUGCGUGUGCUAAGUAUCUAAGCUGAUGUUGGGAAUUAGUUCUGCAGUCAAGGGGUCAUUUUGUGCUCACUCAUGUCACACACUCGGGACGUUACUGUUAAACCCAUGCUCUAUUAAUGAGCCUGGCUGGGGGAAGAUCGUCUAGGGCAGUGCAGCUUUGAUGAAUUCCUGAUGAACCUCACUCGCUGUCAACAAAAGAAAUUCAUGCUAAUUUAACACAAAGUACAGUUGGAUCUAAUCACGGCUGAGCUCAUUUAAAAACCCUACAACCCUACAUUCCUACAUACAGCUUUACUUGCACUAAGAAAGACUGUAACGUGUCAUCACGGACACUUCCUGUCCAAUCCGCUUCCUCGUCAUCUUGGACUUGCUGAGAUUAGAUGGUUAUCCUGGAGGACACUGUAGCUCAGUGGACUAAUCACUGACCUGAAACCAUGACAACAGUUGUAUAUCAUAGUUAAAACCAUCAAACGUAUAUCUAGAUGUCUUUUACUUGUAUUUUGCUUUUCAUGCUUGAUCAAGCAGCUCGGAAGUGAAAGGCACUGCUGAUGUAUCGGCUUUAAGUGCAGGAACAACGGGCACUUGUUGGAGCGCACUUGCUCCAAAAAAGCACUAGAUGAGAAAUAGAGGUCAACGGACGCACUCGGCUUUUUCUCGAGUCACUCCAUGUUCGUGAAAGUAGAUGAGAAUGGGGUGUUUUUACGAAGGGUGUAGGAGCUAGUGAAUGUUAUUUGCACAGCAUUCUGAGAAUGCAGCCCACUGUUUGUUCAAAUUUGCUUGUACAUUUUAAGCACUAAUUGUAUCUGAAGGAUGUUUUUUUAAUGCAUGUUAAGCCCCUGUGUCACUUUGCAAUGGUUACAUGCAGAUCUUUCUUUUUUUUUAUGAGCAUUAUUUUGUACUCAUUUUUUUUAACCUUCACUUUCAACAAAUCCAUCUUUACAGUGUAGUUUCCUGUAUUAACUAAAUGUCUGCUUGUUUUGUAAAAAAAAAAAAAAAAACAAAGAAAA